GCACAGAGUCUUUAAGGCAAGGAAGGAAGCCACAUCAGUCGAGGUGUGCAGUAGAUGGAAACAGAAAAAACCUCUGGCGUGGAUUUACUUGUAAGGCUUUAAAAAAAAAAAAAAAGGACGUCAGCAGUUGAAGGGUUUUGUAAGCCUCACAGUUAACGCUCCUUCAGACCCUUCAGCGGUAUUCAAGAUGGUAUCUAACACAACCUCCGCCCUGAUAGCCCCAACGUUCAGCACUUUGCCGCUCAGUGCUCGGAUCGGCAUCGUCAUCCUGUCGCUAGCGUUUGCACUGGGCUUCCCUGGGAACCUGUUUGUGGUGUGGUCAGUGUUAUGUCGGGUGAAGAAGCGUUCGGUGACCUGUCUGUUGGUGCUGAACCUGGCCAUGGCAGAUGCUGUGGUGAUGCUCAGCGCUCCCAUUUUCCUGCGGUACCUUUCCAGAGGCCCGGACUGGGAGUUUGGCACAGCGGCAUGCAAGCUGGUGCACUACCUGUCAAGUGUGAACAUGUAUGUGUCCAUCUACCUCAUCUGUCUGAUGAGUAUGGAUCGCUGGCUGGCUGUCACUCGACCUUUUCUGUCCCAGAGACUGAGGACGAAGCGGUCCCUGCUGGUUCUUCUGCUCUGUGUUUGGGUGGUGGCUUUCAUCCUGUCACUACCCAUGCCCUUCUACCGCAGUGUACGUAAGCUCCCGCUGCCAAACAACAGAACUUUGAGGCUUUGUUCACUGUACCACUGGAACGUUGUGGGUCAUGAGGUCUUCCAGUUCCUGUUUGAGACCAUCAUGGCCUGCCUGGUGCCCUUCACACUCAUCAACACCUGCUACUCCUCUGUUAUCUGCCGCCUGCGAAGCGCCAUGUUCCAGCGUAAAGGACAAAGCAGCCGCCUCAUCCUGCUGAUUAUCGGUGCCUUUGCGGUGUUUUGGCUGCCCUACCACAUCGUCAACAUAAUACAAGUGGCUGGUCUGCUGCAGGACAGUAAGUCGCUGCUCGCUGCUGCUAAAACAGCUCGUCCCAACGUCACUGCCUUCGCCUACUUCAGCAGCGCCGUCAACCCCAUCCUCUACGUGUUUGCUGGAAGCUCCCACAUCCGCCAAGCUGGCCUGGGCUUCAUGGGCAAACUUUUUGAGGCUACCUACUCAGAGAGCAGGAGCACAUCUACGUCCCGCAUGGGCCGAAUGAGUCGAAGCUCCUCGGCAGAUGAGAGCUCCAUCCUGCACACUCUUUCAGUCAAACUGGGGAGACCUUUUAAAAGCAAAAACAAAGAUAGGAGCGACAGCGUGGUAGACAAGGAAGGGUCUGACCUCAAAACCCUGGCCACUGACCAAACGGAGUAGCUCAAAGCAUUUUCCAUCAACAAUAAAUUACAGGGUGUUUAUGCAGGUCUUGAUAGUGUUAAAAAGUUUGGAGUUUUGAAAUGCUGUUUUCCAGAACUUGAAAAGUCUGGAAUUUUGUGUGACAGUCUUAGUAAAGUAAGGAAAAAAGUUUCUCUUAGUUGAAUUUUAGAGUAUGCUUAAAUGCAGGAUGCGAAUGUGGGGGAUGUCGGAGUGGGUGGGUGGGUGCGGUCCAUAAUUAACGUAACUAAUGCUGGCGUGAAACGAAAGUGAAACUUUACAAACUUUCACUGCCCAACUCCUGGCACAAAAUUUUCACACCUUCUAACCUGUGUCCACUGGACCCCUCCACUGCUCUGUGGGCUCCAUGAAUUUGUCACGUUUGCCCCCCCCCCCCCUUUACGGUGCCCCAAUGCAUGGGGACGUUCACAAAUUCUGAGACUGAUAGUUUGGUUCAGGUGAACGUUAGUGCCAGUAAUGUAGAAUAUAGGUGUAAGAAAAUUGCCACAACCAGCCUGGUUACUUACAUUGGUUGGUUGCCCCCCCGAGGAUGAAAUUCACUUAGCAGAAGUGUGUGGGGGGGUGAUCCCUCCUAACAAAUCACACCCUGCUUAAAGGCAUAUUAUCUUGUAAGAUAAUACAAAAGGAAACAUAAAAAAGUUGAUAUGAUUUCACUAACCGGUCGAUACUGGAAUGAUUCUAGUGUCACUUGUUUGUGUGAUAUCAUGCACUUUUGUGAUUUUCAUAUGAUUUGAAAAUGUU